GUUGCUCGGUCCUUGUAGAGUGGGUCCCUACCUGUUUGGGUGUUUUAUUUUAUUUUCCCCCCCCCCUUUCCCUUCCCCUCCCUUUGCCUGCCGUGUGCCGCGAAGGGGGGGGGGACGGUGGGAUUGGCAGGGUCGCCGUUCCCCAGCCUCUCCGGAGAAAAGUCGGGGAAAGGAGAAGCUCCCGCACGCCCAUGGAUGCGUGGGGGGGCCCCGCGCCCCUCUGGAGCUGCCGCCGCGGGGCCCGGCUGCUGCUGCUGCUGCUGACCGUGCGGCUGGGGAGCGGAGCCGAUAAAGCAGAUGAUGAGGAUGAUGAAGAUCUAACAGUGAAUAAAACAUGGGUCCUAGCACCAAAGAUUCAUGGUGGGGAUGUGACUCACAUACUGGACUCCUUACUUCAAGGAUAUGACAAUAAGCUUCGGCCAGAUAUUGGAGUGAGGACUACGGUAAUUGAGACAGAUGUCUACGUUAACAGCAUUGGCCCAGUUGACCCAAUCAAUAUGGAAUACACCAUAGAUAUAAUUUUUGCCCAGACUUGGUAUGACAGUCGUCUAAAAUUUAACAGCUCAAUGAAAGUGCUUAUGCUUAAUAGCAAUAUGGUUGGAAAAAUUUGGAUUCCAGACACUUUCUUCCGGAACUCAAGGAAAUCUGAUGCUCACUGGAUUACAACUCCAAAUCGCUUACUUCGAAUCUGGAGUGAUGGAAGAGUAUUAUACACUCUAAGACUGACAAUUAAUGCUGAAUGUUAUCUUCAGCUUCAUAACUUUCCUAUGGAUGAACACUCCUGUCCACUGGAAUUUUCAAGCUAUGGAUAUCCCAGAAAUGAAAUUGAAUAUAAAUGGAAGAAAACCUCUGUUGAAGUAGCAGAUCCAAAACACUGGAGAUUAUAUCAGUUUGCAUUUGUAGGGUUACGAAAUACAACUGAAAUUUCUCAUACUCUGUCUGGUGAUUAUAUUAUUAUGACAAUCUUCUUUGAUCUCAGCAGACGUAUGGGAUAUUUUACUAUCCAGACAUACAUUCCGUGUAUUCUCACAGUUGUUCUCUCAUGGGUGUCAUUUUGGAUCAAUAAGGAUGCAGUUCCUGCAAGGACAUCUCUGGGCAUUACAACGGUGCUGACCAUGACAACAUUGAGUACAAUUGCCAGGAAGUCACUCCCAAAGGUUUCCUAUGUGACAGCAAUGGACCUUUUUGUCUCAGUUUGCUUCAUUUUUGUGUUUGCUGCCUUGAUGGAAUAUGGCACCUUGCAUUAUUUUACCAGCAACAGAAAAGGGGACAAAGGAAAAGAUAAGAAGGCAAAAUCUAAGCCAUCAAAACCACCUGCAAUUGCUGUUCGACCUGGAUCAACACUGAUUCCAAUUAAUAACAUUAAUCAUCUCCCUGAACGUGAUGAUGAUUAUGGAUAUGAGUGCCUAGAAGGGAAAGACUGUGCUAGCUUCUUUUGUUGUUUUGAAGACUGCCGCACAGGAUCUUGGAGAGAAGGAAGGAUACACAUUCGUAUUGCAAAAAUUGACUCCUAUUCUCGAAUCUUCUUUCCAACAGCCUUUGCAUUGUUCAAUCUUGUUUAUUGGAUUGGCUAUCUUUAUCUAUAAAUUUCAGUGGUUGGACAAACUCAGAAAAAAAAAAGUUAGUUAUCUGUCAUUAAUGCUUUUCAGUGAAUUGUCAAAGAAUAGAGCUGGUCCAAAAUGAUUCAGAUUGGAUGUUUUUAAAAUCUGAAACAAUGAGAGGAAAUAUGAUGAUGUAGUCUCCCUCUUGUGAUCAACUAUAGAACAGAUAUUGGUAUUUUGAAGAGGAAAUUUAAAAAUAAAACCUCUUAUGAUUUAGAUUAUCUGAAAACAAACCUAUUUUCAUCCAGCUCUAACAAAAUGCACAGACAAGAGGCUAUAUUAUUGAACUGAACAUUUCUACAUAACCUUUGAAUUUCAAUUCUAAAUGAUAAUGCAGAUGAAUUUUGUAGCAUCUCUUACACCUUAACAAAGAAAGCCUUAAUAAUAUGGGAUUAAUUAUUCUCAUCCAUUUCAUCUAUAAGAUGAUGAUUUUUAUUAAUUCCUGACUUAAAAAAGUUGAAGUGGAACAUUUCUAUUUUUCAACUAGACAUUUGUUCUCUGCUGUAUGUUAAGAAGAAUGGUUAAGUCAUGAUUAAUCACAUUAUACAAAAUGCAGAGACAAGAGCAGCAAGAAAUGCGUAUAUUGCAAAAAAGCCACAAGGGUAAUUCUGAGCUUGUCUUAUCCUGACCAUUGAUAUAGGCUUUUGGCUUUCAGCCUUUGAUUACAUGUAUGUCUGUGCUCCAUCUGCUGUUAUUUCACUGUUGCAGGUUCCCCAAAGUUCUCCAAGAGGGCUACAACUUUGAAAAAUUCCUACCAAGCUGCCAUUGCUCUAAUUUCAUGGAAUCCAGACUGGUGUUGGCUAACAGAUUCUGGCUCUUCAACAUAACGCUCUACACAUCCUCCCCAUCCCCCUGUACUUUGUCUUAUUCAUACUCAGGGGCAGAGAAAGAGUUAAAGAGUUCAGUAGAAUUUGUAUCAUCAGAGUUUGGAAAAACCUUACAACAGUGCUAUAGACAUUGUAUUCAAAACCAUUUAUCCAUCCUAUCCGUCCCUAAGAAUAAAAUAUAGGAUGUGGUCUGCUUCGCAUACAGUAUAGUUUUGUAUAUUCUGUUUGUUACUGCUUAUGCUUCUCACUGAGCCAAAGCCAGAUUUACUGAUACUGUGUUAUGGAUUGCUGUGUAAUUACCUCUUUGAUAUAUAUACUUUUUUUUUUUUUUUCUUAAUGAAAAACCCUUUUAUAAGGGGAAAAAAUAAAUAUAAUUCUUAUGCAUUACAGAUCCUUCUUCAAGAUGUUGUGUAUUCCCCCAAAAUCACAGGACCAGUACUCUAACCUUUCUGUGGUCAGAGCUUCUGUUCCCUUUGGUAGGAAUUCUUCAGUAGUAGUCUUUCUGGACUAACUUCUAUGUGUUGACUAUUGCUGGCUGGCAGCAUUUACUAUCUAAAUUCUAUUUUAAAUCCAUUGUCUUCAUUAUAGAAAAAUGCAGUCUUUCCUCCUUUCUCAGAAAGAAACUGGUCUCAAGUGAGCUUGCAAAAAUCACUGUAAAAUUAAGAUAUGCAUUAAGUAGAAGUCAGAAUUACACAGAAGACCUUGCAGAUCUUUAAAGAGGAUUAAUGGGAUUAACAUUUGGCUGUAGGUGAGGAUGCUCGGUACGAGAGAUAAAGACAUGAUUAAUGGUUAAUUAUAGAAAAUGAUACAUGGAAGAAGCCUCCCCCUCCCCCCAAUAUUUCUGAAUGUGCUACCUCCUCUGAAUUUUUAUCAGAAUAAAAGUAAUGGAUUUUCAUAGGCUAGUUGGUACCAGAAGUAAUAAGAUAUUCAGUACAUAUGUGAACAGUUACUGCAAUGUUCAGCCCCAAAGUUUAAUAAAGAAUGCCAGACUAUGUGCAGUGAUUCUGGAAGCAAGUGUGACUGAGGAGAUCACAUUUUAAAGCAAGCUUUAUUUCUUUAUUUAGCCAAACAUCUGUUGUAUGACCUUUCUGAGCACCAACUUCCUCUGACUGUUAGACUGAGGGUAAAAGUGCAGCAUCAUUAACAAUGCUAUUGUUUCUUUAGAGUCUCAUUUUCAGAAAAUGUUCAGUACAAUGGAAAUAUGUCAGUUUUAAUUCCAUAGUGCAGUGUGAUGCGUUUUGAUGGCACACUGAACAUGUUCCUCUGUAGGAGGGAUGAAGGUGGCUUCAGUAGCAGUAUGUUAGAUGCAUAUUUGAAAGGCAUUCUACUUGCUACUCAAUACAGGCCCAAAUUUUUGUGAGCUCCUGGUUGUCAUUAAUUUACCUUUAAACAAAAGGAACUUGAAAGAACUUGGCACUUUGCAAGGGGAAAUACAAAUUUCACAGCACAUCCAGUUAGCUUUUUCAUUUGGUUGUCAGUUGCCAAUCAACCUCUAGUGAUUUACCUGGACAACAGAAAACAUCCUGAAUAAAGAAGGGAUGGAUAAAAAGUCUUUCACCUUUAAUUUCUAUGAAACAAUGUAAUGGAAUAUUAAAGCUAUUGAAUGUUAUGACUUUUUGGUUUAGCGAUGCACUUGCUUCUGUCUGUUGACAAACUUUUCUGUGUAUCUCAUUUGAUUCUGAUGAAAUCAUUUCAGUUUCCCAUAGUACUGUGAGUUCAAAUUGAAAUGGGAAUGCAGUGAACUGUAACUUGGCAUGUAAUAAAUGUUCUAUUUUAGUCCUAUGUGUUUUUUUUUUUUUUCCAGUUUGCAUGUAAACAAUAAAUUACAAGAAAUCCAAGCAUUGCUCUCAAAAAAUGGCAAGAAACAGAGACUAUGAUUACCUAGGCUUAGAUCCUGUGACCAUUUUUGAAACCUACCUGGAAAAAAACUCAUUUACUGAUAGCUGGGAUUACAAUAUUUGGUGUCAUAUUAUUCUGACCACUACUGCUUAAAGACAUGCUUAAACCUAUUCCUAAUCAGUACUGUAAUUAGGCCAGAAUUUAGAAAAGCAUGUGCUUAUGUACUGACAUAAAGAGUGAUGUGAUCCUGAAUUGAUGCCAUUAACACAUGCUUAAUUUGCAUUAAUUUCAAUAAUGAGUGUUCAGUAGCUCAAAUCAUUGAGCAUUAAGGGUGGGAGCCAGAGCCUCUUCAGUAAAACAUUUUCUCGCUGAAAGGGACACAGAGGAGAAAUUGCCAGAAAGGCAAAAAAGGGGACAAACAAGUCUGGGGAAACUGUUUGCACCCAUUGCGAACAUCUCCUGAAAUGUAUUUUUCAAAACAGAGACAUUUCUUUUCUGCAUUUGUGUUUACCACUUGUCUGUUUUAGUAGUAAGUACAGGUCAGAGUGUUAUUUUUUCGUAAGGUUUUGUCUGUGAUCGUACUUACUGAUCUUCAGUGCAUGUCUUCUGUGUCUGAAUGCAUCUGUUUCAUGUAGUAGCAGUAAAAGUGCAACCAAAGCAUGAGCUCUGGGUAGUGUAUUUUAUACUCAUAUAUUGAUGUGCUUCAAAGACUUUAACCUUAUCCAGUUUUCUGACAUUCAGAGACAUAGGAUUGUGUAAGGCUUUGAAGGAGAAACACCUCCAACACAGUUUCUAUAAUUUUCUGUUGCUUAUUUACAAUGGCUGUAAAAGAUUUGUUUAAAAUUGUUAUCUGAACCGUACUUUGUGAGCACCUUUGGCCUUUCAAUUGAAAGCUCAACAGGAGGAAUCUGGAGGAAUCUGUAAGAUAUAUUUUAUUUAAUUAUAUCAGUCAUCAUUUCAGUUUACUGUUUCCAUAUAACUGAGGAUUAAUGCUAAUACAUCUAAUUUGCAUUUUUAAAAUCAUUGCUUUCAUAACUUUUUUUUUAAUUUACUGCAGUUCUCAGCUUAGUUAUACAUUAAAGACAUUAUUUUUUGUUUGUGAAAUAAAAUUGUAUUUUGUGGUGAUUAUAAUAGAGAGAAUAGCAACUGAAGUAGAAUUUCUCAGCUAGAGUAGAGUUUAGAAUAUGAAACAAGGAAUUAGAAAGAACUGUUGUGCUUCCACUCCUGAAAAAAAAAAAAAAAAAAAGUGAAUUUCCACAAUGAACAUGCCACAGGGGAGAGUGACUCAAUGAGAAAGGUAGAAUAUUUUUCAGGCUGAGAAAACACCUGUGCCGGUUCACACCAGGGACUUGUUACCCAAGUGGUUUAAGUCAACAAAAGGUCAGUAUGUCCUUCAGUGGUCUCUUGCUUCUGCUUCAAUUGUUCCAGCAAUUGCAGUUGUAAAGCCAUGUUGCCAGAUGACUCAAAACCUG